AUGGGUGAAGAAAAUAAAAUAUUAUCCCGUCCAAUUUUCCGCCGAGAUGUGGAAUGGGAUCCUUUUCCAAACUGGACACAGCCGAGCCGUAUCUUUGCUCAGGAUUUUGGUCUUCCACCCUUCCUGGAGCCCAGUGAUCUGGACUGGCUAGACUGGGCGAAGAAGAGACUGGCAUCUUUCUCAUGGCCAGGGUACACACAAAGUCCCCUUCUCCCCCCAUUUAUUGGUAUGCGACCCACAGACCAGAAGGGAUUGAGACAACUGACAAGUGGAGUAUCAGAGAUCCAAACAGGGCCAAACAGCUGGAAGAUUAAUCUGGAUGUUAAUCACUUCUCACCUGAAGAGAUCACAAUCACAACCAAAGAGGGCUAUUUACAAAUAUCAGGAACCCACGAAGAAAGGCAGGAUGAGCAUGGACUGGUUUCAAGGUGCUUCACACGUAAAUACAAGUUGCCACAGGGGGUUGACUUGCAGCAGAUCAGUUCAUCCCUGUCUGCAGAUGGAGUCCUGUCUGUAGAGGCCCCCGUGCCAGGGACAUCAAGCAGCAUCCCAGGCAAUGAGAUUGUCAUACCAGUUCAGAUCAGACAGAAGCAGGAUGAACAAAAGUGA